AUGCCUUCUUCGGAUACUCACGAGGAUCUGUCCGUCGCGGACGUGUUCAGCCCGCAAGCCGAUAGCAUCCAGCCCUCCAUCGAUAUUCCAGCCAAUCACCAUGUCCCUGAUGUGCACGGGAUGAGCGAUCGCGGUGUCUCGCCUCGAAAGAUGACCAACGAUCUGCUGGCCAAGCCGCAGCGCCGCAAGAAAAAGAAGAAGCAGGCCGACCUAGCUCGCUCGACCGUGCGGGGGUUUACUCCCCUUGCUUCUGGGGACGAGGAUUCGGAUUUUUCAGCCACCAGCUCCCGCGCCGAUUCGCGGCCCACCACCGCUCUUGGCCAGGCGCCUGCGGGCCAUGGGGUGAGCGCAUUGAAGCUUCAACUCGAUUCUUUGAGUCUUUCUGGCAACCACCGUCCCAACGGAGUCGGCUCUAAAACUCCCAGCAACGCGAGUGUCUACUCUGCCGACAGUGACCAGACCGAGGUUCUGACCAGCUACGAAGUUCCUCUGGACCAUGACUUUGUCAGUGUCGAUGCUGUCGACCAGGAAAAGUCCGAACCUACCGGUGCUGUCGAUAUGCGCAGCCAGCUGUGUCGGAAGAUGACGGCCCAUGACUUUGAGCCGCUCCUGUGUCUGGGCAAAGGCUCGUUCGGAACAGUUCUGCUGGUUCGCCAUGUCGUCACGGGGAAACUGUACGCCCAGAAGCAGUUCCGCAAGGCAUCAAUCACCGUGCAUAAGAAACUCGUGGAGCAGACCAAGACGGAGCGCACGAUUCUGGAGAGUGUCAACCGCCACCCUUUCGUGGUCAAACUGUUCUAUGCCUUCCAGGACCACGAGAAACUCUAUCUGAUCCUGGAAUACGCGCAGGGUGGGGAGCUUUUUACCCAUCUUGCCAUGGAGCGCAUGUUCGAUGAAGAUGCGGCGGCCUUCUACAUGGCGGAGAUGGUUCUCGCCCUCGAACACCUGCACCAGAACGUCGGCGUGCUGUACCGCGACCUCAAGCCCGAAAACUGCCUCUUGGAUCGCCAGGGCCACCUGCUUCUCACGGACUUUGGCCUCAGCAAGAUCGCCCUCAGCGACGACGACCGCUGCAACUCUUCUCUUGGAACAAUCGAGUACAUGGCUCCCGAGGUGAUCCAGGCAAAGCCCUAUGGCAAAGCCUGCGACUGGUGGUCUCUCGGCGCACUGGGCUAUGACCUCUUAACCGGCUCGCCCCCUUUCCGUGCGAACAACCACACAAAGCUGCAAGAGAAAAUCGUCAAGCAGAAACUCGUCCUGCCCUACUUCCUCGGGCCGGACGCCAAGGAUCUCCUGACCCGUCUCAUGCGCAAGGACCCCACCAAACGCUUGGGCUACCACAUGCCCAAGGACCUGGUGACAAUCAAGAAACACCGCUUCUUCCGCAAGAUUGACUGGGCCGCCCUCGAGCGCCGCGAGCUCGACCCGCCAAUCCAACCCGUCGUCACGGACCCUGCUCUCGCGGAGAACUUUUCUGCGGAUUUCAUCAACCUCCCGCUCAGCCCGACUGUUACCUCGGCCGGGUUCGACGAACUGUAUGCCUCUGCGAACGGCCGUGUUUCUUCAUCUUGCGGUGGACCGGAUCAUCCCCCUUCGGGCGAGGGCGAUCCCUUUGGCGGAUUCAGUUUCGUCGCCUCGAGCAGUCUGCUGGAUCAUGGAGUCGGCGUGAUGACUGGGGGUUAUUGA